GGGAGCGGAAGUGACGCGUUUGUCCCGCGCUGGCUGGCGCUGCAGCGUCUCUUCUUAGUCUCCGACGGCGGGCGGUGCUGGCGUUCGUUCUGACUCAAAUGGGUGAUGAAAAGGACUCUUGGAAAGUGAAAACUUUAGAUGAAAUUCUUCAGGAAAAAAAACGAAGGAAGGAGCAAGAAGAGAAGGCAGAGAUAAAACGCAUUAAAAAUUCUGAUGAUCGGGAUUCAAAGCGGGAUUCCCUUGAAGAGGGGGAGCUGAGAGAUCACCGUAUGGAGAUAACAAUCAGGAAUUCACCUUACAGAAGAGAAGAUUCUAUGGAAGAUAGAGGAGAGGAGGAUGAUUCCUUGGCUAUCAAACCACCACAACAAAUGUCACGGAAGGAAAAAGCACAUCACAGGAAAGAUGAGAAGAGGAAAGAGAAACGUAGACAUCGUAGUCAUUCAGCAGAAGGAGGGAAGCAUGCCAGGGUAAAAGAGAAGGAACGUGAGCAUGAACGUAGGAAAAGACAUCGAGAAGAGCAGGAUAAGGCUCGACGUGAAUGGGAAAGGCAGAAGAGGAGGGAAAUGGCUAGGGAGCAUUCCAGGAGGGAGAGGGAUCGUCUAGAGCAGCUUGAGCGAAAACGAGAACGGGAGAGAAAAAUGCGAGAGCAACAAAAAGAGCAAAGGGAGCUAAAAGAACGGGAAAGGCGAGCUGAAGAAAGGCGCAAGGAACGGGAGGCCAGACGAGAAGUUUCUGCACAUCAUAGAACGGUGAGGGAAGAUUAUGGAGACAAAGUAAAAAUAAGAACCUGGAGUCGCAGCCCAUUACGACAGCAAAGAGAGAAGCUUGAGCAAGGAGAUGGCAGGAAGCCAGUAAAAGAGGAGAAAACAGAGGAAAGAGACCUGCUUUCAGAUUUGCAAGACAUCAGUGACAGUGAGAGAAAAACUAGCUCAGCAGAGUCUUCGUCAGGAGAAUCUGGAUCUGGUUCAGAGGAAGAGGAGGAAGAAUCUAGCAGUGGAGAAUCAGAAGAGGAGGAGGAAGAGGAGGAAGAAGAGGAGGAGGAGGAAGAGGAAGAGGAGGAGGAGGAGGAGACAGGAAGCAAUUCUGAGGAAGUGUCUGAACAGUCAGCUGAAGAGGUGAGUGAAGAAGAAAUGAGUGAAGAAGAAGAGCGAGAGAAUGGAAAUCACAUUCCAAUUGUUACAGAGUCAAGGUUUGAUCGAGAUUCAGCUGGAAGUGAAGGAGAAGAGGAGGAAGUUGGGGAGGAGACCCCACAUUCCAAUGCAAUGACAGAAGGAGAUUAUGUUCCUGAUUCUCCAGCUUCAUCACCCAUUGAGUUGAAACAAGAGCUACCCAAGUACCUUCCUGCACUGCAGGGAUGUCGUAGUGUGGAGGAAUUUCAGUGUUUGAACAGGAUUGAAGAAGGAACAUACGGUGUGGUGUACAGGGCAAAAGACAAAAAAACUGAUGAAAUUGUGGCUCUGAAGCGACUAAAAAUGGAAAAGGAAAAAGAAGGCUUUCCUAUUACCUCUCUACGAGAAAUAAACACCAUUCUGAAAGCACAGCACCCAAAUAUAGUCACUGUUAGAGAAAUUGUUGUGGGCAGUAAUAUGGAUAAAAUCUACAUCGUAAUGAAUUAUGUAGAACAUGACCUCAAGAGUCUGAUGGAAACGAUGAAACAGCCAUUUUUACCAGGUGAAGUGAAAACUUUGAUGAUUCAGUUAUUACGUGGAGUCAAGCACCUUCAUGACAACUGGAUACUUCAUCGGGACUUAAAGACCUCCAACCUGCUGCUGAGUCAUAAAGGCAUUUUAAAAGUUGGAGAUUUUGGACUGGCCCGAGAGUAUGGGUCACCUCUGAAGCCUUAUACACCUGUAGUUGUUACACUGUGGUACAGGGCACCGGAGCUGCUACUUGGUGCCAAGGAAUACUCCACUGCAAUAGACAUGUGGUCAGUAGGUUGUAUAUUUGGAGAACUGUUAACUCAGAAACCGCUGUUUCCAGGAAAAUCAGAAAUUGACCAGAUUAACAAAGUUUUUAAGGACCUGGGUACCCCGAGUGAGAAAAUCUGGCCUGGGUACAAUGAGCUGCCAGCUGUAAAGAAGAUGACAUUCACAGAAUAUCCCUAUAACAACUUGCGCAAGAGGUUUGGGGCGCUCCUUUCUGAUCCAGGUUUUGAUCUCAUGAACAAGUUCUUGACAUACUAUCCAGGCAGAAGAAUCACUGCUGAAGAUGGUUUGAAGCAUGAGUAUUUCCGAGAGACUCCCCUUCCUAUUGACCCAUCCAUGUUUCCAACCUGGCCAGCAAAAAGUGAACAACAAAGAGUUAAGCGUGGCACAAGCCCCCGACCUCCAGAGGGAGGACUUGGGUAUAGUCAAUUGGGUGAUGAUGAUCUGAAAGAUACAGGUUUUCACCUGACUACCACAAAUCAAGGAGCAUCGGCAGCAGGACCUGGCUUCAGCCUCAAGUUUUAAACUUAAUAUGAGGAGGGAAAAAAGACAGAGCUUUGACUUCAACCAUGCUGUUGGUGAAUGGAUUUCAAAGUGCUCCAGUUUUGUUCUUCGCAUCAGGAAGACUCUGUUUUACACAGAAAUAGCCAGCUGUCAUCUUGCUGGGUGUGGAAUAUAACUGCUGCAUUUCAUUCAGGGGACUGGAAUGAAUGAAUCCGAAACGCCAAGGAUCAUUACAAAAAUUCAUAAAGGAAAACUUGAAGUACAAUCUCGGAACUGGUUUUGUUUUUUUACUUUUUAAUUUUUUUUGCUUGUAAAUUUGUAGAAUUAAAAUCCAUUUUUAAUUGUUUAACAGUGUGAAGGAUUUCAUUUUCUUCACCUGCACCAGACUUGGAUGGUGGUGGCACUAAAUCUUCUAGAGAGGAAACUGAGAGAGAUUUUUCUCUCUCCAUCAUCCCCAUUUGUGCUUACACAAAUUAAAGCAUAUUGUCAGCACAGGUAGAAAAGCUCUUUUGUAAAGAUUAUCAUCUGUUUGAAUUCAGUUGCUUAUUUGAGCAAGAAACCCUAAAGGCAUUUCUGAGGUGUCCCUCCUAUUCUGUGCCUUGGAGAGAGCCAUGUUGUGCUGUGCUUAAUACUUACUGACCUUUUUUGAGAGCACUGAUGGCCCCAAGUGGUUUCUGAUGGAUUGACCACUUCACUGUUUGAUAUACUGUAUGUAUAUAUUCACAGUGGCUGUGGUGCAGAACAAGAACUGCAAUAUUUUAUAAAUCAAAAAGAUUUAUAUCUAUUAUUUUCUAUAGGUUGUCUUGUUAAUGUCUCCCCUUUUUUCCCAAAAAGAAAAGGUAGGUGUACUGAAUGUACAGUGCUACCUUCCAUAGGAAUUGUCCUAGAAUGUUGUACUCUUAUGUGUUUCUAAUUUAUAACAGAUGUUAGAAAGGAAUACUAUAAAAAGUUGGAUGUUCAUGCAGUUAGAAUUAGGCUCCAAUCCAGUAACGUGCUUAGUUUGAAUGAUAUGAGUAGUCCCAUUGAUUUCAGUGCAACUAUUCAUGUGCUUAAAGUUAAGCAUAUUAAGUGCUUUGCUGGAUCAGAGCCUUAGAAACAGGAUUUUGAGAGAGAGAGAGAGAGAUUUGGAGGAAAAUAGAAAUGUGUAAAUUGUAUAAAAUAUUUUCUUAGGCCUAAUUUUCUAAUUUGCAGUUAACGGGGAUGGGGAGGGAGAUUUUUAGUCUUGUUACCUGUCUGCUUCUGAAACAUGCUGGAUUUUGGCAAGAUUGCACUGUAUUAGGCGUAUGUGGCAGUUAAUGUAUGGAAUAGCAGACUCUGUACUACAUGUCUCAGACUGCAGAGCAGGAGAACAUUUGGCAGUGACCUGCGCAAUAGCUGAUAAAGGAUUAAAAAUGUGACUUUAUAUUGUGUCAAGCUCCACUGUAAACUUUGCACAUCAUAACUUUUGUAUUGUUCCCUUGGCAACAGCAGCUAUAGCCACCCAUGGACAAGUCUGAUUCCCAGCAACACAGGAUUAUUUAUAGACAUCAAAGAUAUUUUUUAGUAAAACAAAUUUAAAGCUGGAUUAAGAUGGGAAUUUGGUCUGGUUUUGAAAAGUGUGUGAUUCCAGAUGUUCCAGGGGAGGGGAAUAUUGCUACUUGCUUCUGUGGAACGGCAUUCCAAAAGGUCUGCCUUGGCUUACUGUAACAAGCAAAGAAAACACGUAAUCUUUUAAUUCAAAUGUCUGUUUUUCCAUAUGGAGUGCUUACUGUGUAUGAUCCUAGUUUGACUUGUCCAUACAAAAAAAGAUGAUUUUUUUAUUUUAUGUUCCUGUACCCUCAAAGUAGCUAAAUCAAUUUAUUAUAAAAUUGAGUCCUAAGUUUAUUUGCACUAAAUCCAUUUUUUUCUUCUUACAAAUGUAUUAAAAUUAGUGAAAUGCUAAUCAUGUUUUCCCAGCAGUGACUAAUAUUUUCAUUUUUUUUUUAUAGGCUCUACAUAUACAUUUCAGGUGUGACUGGUCAGGUGUUUUUCCCUAUUAAAGCUGGGCCUUUAAGAGGGAUCUUUUCUUGUCUCUGUCUGGGUAGAUGAAAGUUCACUUUAACCUCACAGCACUCAGAAACAUCUAUUUCAACACACACAACUGCUGGACUUCACUAGAUUAUCAUCCAGCCUUUGAAUUAAUUGUGUUGUUUUUCCUGAAAUGGACACAAGCAUGGUCUGAGAGAGAACUGCCAGGACAGCGAAAGGUGACAUUUCUGCCUUCAGGAACAAUCUUGGUUUUCAUCCUGAGUGGAGGAGGAGUUGGCGCUACAGUUGGAAAAGGGAAUUCUGUCCAGCAGAAGGAGAGGAAAAAAAUAGUUAAGUCAGUUCAGCAAUGCUUCGCAAUGGGAUAAAGAUAACAGUAUUUCUGAGGAACCACACUGCCUUUCAGAUUUCCUUUUCUGUAUAGUAGUUCUUCAGAGCUUCCUCCUAAAUAAGCAAGUAUUGGAAAGACUAACAUCCUCUCAGUGCAUUUACAUGGCACAAGAUGACACUGGCAGGCUUCCUUGUACCAGCACAGCCUUGCCAACACUUGUAAUUUUAGUGCAAGUCUCAUGAUGAUUAGAGUGAGGGGGGAAGCGCCAGAGGAGAAGAGGAAGAUUUAAAAUCCUAGGUCCUGGAUUCACAUGAGAAUCUUUACAGAGAAACAGUUUACAUAAAAUACAAGCACUGCCAUUGAAAUGCUGUUCUAAGACACAUUAGUGUGAACAGAAGUACACAACCCACGUGCCCUCUUUCCUUUAGUCCAGGCUCACAAAUAUGUUCCCACUGCAUUGGCAUUGUAGCAGGCAUGAUUGACACCCCAUAUGCAAGUCUAGCAUUAACUCAAUGACCUGCUUUUUCCUCUCUAUUCCCCCAUCUUAUCUGAGAGAGACUGAAAUUUGUUUAACAAAGCAACUACCAGCCUACAGAUUUCCAAAGGGAUGGGUUAGAUAUAGAGGGACAACUGCAGAGCUGAUGCAGACAGUAUAAGUUAGACCAACCAGCUUUAGCUGACAACUUUCCACCUCCUACCACAUUGUCAUGUAAGUUAUGCCACCAAAUACCUCAGCUCCUGAGGGCAAAAUCCAGAGGGGAGGGAAGCAGUACAAGGCACAUGAAACAUUUAUAUUUUCACAGCCUCUCGGGGCAUUAGAAUGUUAGAUCAGAGAGGAGGAACACUGACCAGGACAGCAGGCUUUCCCAUACUCUAGAAAACAUGCCCUGGUGUCUUAAUGUCCACAUCCUGUGGCUGAAAUGCAAUAGGCAAAGCAAGGGUGUUAGGGGCAUCACUCAUUGCUGAAUUCUUUGGUCUGGAAGAGUCUUGUCAUUUGUCACUAACAUUCAGAUAGAUCACACAAUUUAACAUUGUCUCUCUACCAACUCUUAUGACCCUUAACCCCAGAAGAGGAGCUGAUACCGUAGCAGAAGUCACAGCUGGACGGACAGUGCUUUUUCAUCCACUUCCUACGAGUCUCACAGAAACCUUUCCGAGCCCACAAUGGACAUACAAAUAGUCUGUCUGUGCAGCCUGAAAUGAAAGGAGACAAAGUAUUAAAAGGACAAGUGCCAGUUCUGAAUGUGAAAGAAAGUGAUGUGCAAUAAAAUGACACUGGCUCACA